AUGGCAAAUAAUCAUCCAACGUCUACUGCAAAAGUGCAACGCGGAGUUAUCUUCCAGGCCAUCAGAGACCACGAUUUAUCAAAGGUCCAAAGUAUGCUCAACUCUUGCUGCAUAGAACCCAAGAACAUUAGAGACAGUGCCAAAAAGAACAAUACUCUACUUCAUUGCGCCGUGGAAGAAACCUCAGAAAAAAUAGUUCAGGAAUUGCUACUGAAAAAGUGGAAAAUUAAAUUAAAUGAGCAGAAUGACGAUGGUGACACUGCUCUGCACAUUUGCGCCAAAAAGAACUCUGAUCGACUAAUACAUUUGCUCCUGAAAAAAAGAGCAUUCAGCGAUAUUGUCAACAAGAAGGGCAUGACAUUUCUAGAUAUUGUCAAAAGAUCGGAGGAUCAAACGGAAAUCCACAAAUCCAUCCCCCAUGUUGUGAAGGCCUUUGAUAAAUCUAACCAACCGGGACCAUCUGGUGGAGUUACAGGUAAAACGCAGGAAAUAACAACAUGUGAUCAAAAGGAAAUUGCUAAGGAUACUAAUGUAAACAGUAGCGAAGCAGCAAAAUGGACUCAAUUGCAUGAUGACGCUGAAAAAGGCGAAUUGCAAGGGGUGAAGUAUCUGAUUAGAAGAAGUGGCUUCGACGUCAAUGUCGCUAUUGAAGACAAAAGGACACCAUUGCAUAUCGCAUCUCAAAAUGGCCACUUAAAAGUAGUCCAGUAUCUAAUUAGUAAAGGUGCCAAUGUUAAUGCUGCUAACGCAAAGAAGGAGACUCCAUUGCGCAACGCAGCUGAAAAUGGUCACUUGCAUAUAGUGCAAUUUCUGAUUAGUCAAGGUGCUGAAACAAAUGCCUAUGACAAGAAAAUGUGGACUCCACUGCACAAGGCAUCUCAAAAAGGUCACUUGUCAGUUGUGCAAUAUCUAAUUAGUAAAGGCGCCGAUGUCAAUGCUUUUACUAUAACAUCUGAUUUUCCAUUGCAUCUUGCAGUAGAGAAUGAUCACUUAGAUAUUGUUCAGUUCCUAAUUAGUAAUGGCGCCAAAAUCAUAGGUAAUAAUCAAUGUUGGACUCCACUGCACUUAGCGGCCGAUAAAGGCUACUUGAAUGUUGUCAACUAUUUGAUAGCAAAAGGCGCCAGAGUUGAUGCUCGAACUAGAACAAUUGGUACUGCGUUGCACAUAGCAGCAGCAAAAGGCCACUUCGAUAUUGUUCAGUGUCUGAUUAGUAAUGGUGCCAAUGUAAAUGAUGCUGCUGACCAAAAAUGGACAGCAUUGCACUUAUCAGCCGAAAAGGGUUACUUGAAGAUUGUCCAGCUUUUGAUCGCAAAAGGUGCAGAUGUCAACGCCAUCACUGAUAAUGAGACAGAAUGCAUGCCGUUGCAUUUAGCAGCAGAAAAUGGUCACUUGAAUGUUGUGCAGUGUUUAUUUGCUCAUGGCGCCAAAGUCAAUGAUGGUUUCAAGAGCUGGUCGACUCCACUGCAAUUAGCAACUACUAACGGUCACAUCGCUGUAGUAAAGUUUCUCAUAAGUAAAGGCGCCAAUGUUAAUGAUAGUUGUAUUUUGAAGAAUACGCCAUUACACUGUGCAGCAGGAAAUGGUCACUUGGAAAUAGUACAGUAUCUUAUCAUUAGUGGCGCACGUGUUAAUGAUGCUUCUGUAUAUCUUUUUACACCAUUGCAUAUGGCAGCAAUGCAUGGCUACAAAAAUAUCGUCCAAGUAUUAGUGGACAACGGUGCAAAUAUUGUUGCGGUGGAUAACUUUUAUAGGACACCCGUACGCAUUGCUGAUGAAUUCGGCUACACAGAAAUCGAGAACAUAAUCCGAGUCCGAGAAGUAGAGACAAAUUUAGAGAGCUCUCCAGGACGAGAACACGAUGGACUAUUCCGAGAAGUAGAAACAAAUUUAGAGAGCUCUCCAGGACAUAUGUCACUAAUUGUAAGAGAAAAUGAUGGACUAUUCUGGGAACAAAUUCAGAGACAAAUUCAGCCAGCUCUCCAGGACGUAAUAUUAGGACCACAAUGA